AUGCGUUUCGGAGCUACAUUCUCGUUGCUUUUCGCAGCUGUCUCGGUUGCUCCCCUUGCGCUCGCGCUUCCCUUCGGUGCCGAAGGCACUGAUGCCCUUGAGGUGCGCGGCGUCGAGUUCGACUCGGCCGACUUCCUUGCGCGCGCCGAUUACGACGACGAGCUUCUUGCUCGCGACGACGAGGAGUUCUUCGCUCGUUCCUUCGACGACGACGAGACGACUCUGCUCGCUCGCGCCGUGCUCGAGGCUCUCGAGGCCCGUAACGACCCGCCUCAUUACUCGAAGCACGACCCCACCAAUGGCAAGAAGCCGAAGUACUCGGAGAAGGAUCCCAACCCUCCUCCGAAGUACCGCCAGAAGGACCCGCACAAGCCGGACCGUCAGCCCAAGCCGAAGCCAGGCCCUUCGCGUCCGCGAGACCUCGCCGAGGUGGAGGAGAUGUGGGCGCGCGAUGACCCACCUCCUUACUCGAGGCACGUCCCCCACAACGAGAAGACGCCGAAGUACUCGGCGAAGGACCCCAACCCUCCUCCGAAGUACCGCCAGAAGGACCCGCACAAGCCGAACCGCCAGCGCAAGCCCAGGCCGGGCCCCUCGCGCCCGCGAGACCUUGCCGAGGUGGAGGAUAUGUGGACUCGCGACGAUCCUCCUCCGUACUCCAAGCACGACCCGAUCCACGGCAAGAAGCCGAAGUACUCGGAGAAGGACCCCAACGCUCCCCCCAAGUACCGCCAGAAGGACCCGCACAAGCCCAACCGUCAGCCUAAGCCCAGGCCGGGCCCUUCUCGGCCGCGUGAGCUGGCGGACUUCUGGUGGUGA